CAAAACGCAUCUAGACGUGCAGUCAUUUCGAAAAAGUUGAUAAAAUAUUAAAGUGUUAUUAAUACUUGUUAUUGAAGGAAAUAUCCUGAUUUUUGUGAUUAAUAAAAAAAAUAAUAAAAUAAGAUGAAAUUUUUGAUUUUGUUUGCCUUAAUAGCUGCUACUGCUGCCCAUCCUGGCAUAUAUGGUGGUUUGGGAGGUUUAGGUCAUGGCUAUGGUUUAGGUGGUGGCAUUAGCUAUGCUGCCCCUGCUGUUAGCUAUGCAGCCCCUGCUGUCAGCUAUGCAGCUCCAGCUGUUACUUAUGCUGCUGCUGCUCCUGUGGUUAAGGCUGUUGCUGCUGCUCCUGCUAUUUCAUAUGCUGCCCCAGCACCUGCUGUUGUCAAGGCUGUUGCCUCUCCUAUUAUUAGUUACACUACUUAUGUUGAAAGCAAUUCCCCAGGUUCCAAAACUAUUGAAGUUGCAGCUCCUGCCGUUAAAGUAGCUGCAGCACCUGCCAUUUCCUAUGCUGCUGCUCCUGCCAUAUCCUAUGCAGCACCCGCUGUUUCCGCUGUUAAAGUAGCUGCCGCGCCCGCCAUUUCCUAUGCUGCUGCUCCCGCCAUAUCCUAUGCAGCACCCGCUGUUUCCGCUGUUAAAGUAGCUGCCGCGCCCGCCAUUUCCUAUGCUGCUGCUCCUGCCAUAUCUUAUGCAGCACCCGCUGUUUCCGCCGUUAAAGUAGCUGCCGCGCCCGCCAUUUCGUAUGCUGCUGCUCCUGCCAUUUCCUACGCUGCUGCACCUGCCAUCUCAGUAGGGUAUGGCCAUGGUGGUUUUGGUUAUGGUCAUGGUUUUGGCUAUGGCGGUCAUCAUUAAGUUUCUUUAGUCCAGAAACCAUCAUCGCCCUCAGCAAAAUCUACUACUUAUGAAACAUUGAAAGCCGCCGUGUUAAUUUUGCCAAUCACGAUUAACGAACUUUAGUCAAUAAUUUUGUUUUAUGUUUUUAAAAUAUUCAUCUUAAUUUUAAGAUUAUCAAAUCGAGGAACACCAAAAGAUCAAUUAUUUCCCAAAACGUUUGCAGAAAGAAUCAAAAAUAUAUAUAUUUUUAUAUUUAAAGUAAAAAAAUUCUAAUUCUUAUUUUAAGCUCUAACUUUAUUAUGUUUCAAUUUAACCGCCUUUUCUUUGCUCCAACCUUUUUUUAGUUAUUUUUAAAUUAACGGCAAGGAAAAAAGUUCAUGUAAAUAUAUAAAUUGGAACACAAAAACAAAUAGCAGAGCCGAGAUCUCUUGUAUUUUGAUUAUAUAGUUCGUAUGUUUAGAAAACAAUUUAGAAAUCUUAAUGUUAAUGGAAAAAAAUAAUAAAAAGUAACUGAACUUUUUUCAAAAA